ACACAAAGAACCCAUAAAGAUGUCCAUUGCGGUUAUCCUUGCCUUGGAACUACUUCCCACGUAAAAUUAAAUUCAAAAGAGAAGGCACCUGAUCCCAUUACUAUUUGUCUAAUGGCUGGCAUCAAGGAAACCUACUUAAUUUGGUGUCCAUGGAAGAAGGUCGAUCAAAAGAGUUGGUUAGUGUGAGAGGAUGGCUUCUGUUAGCAUAGAGAGAUCAAGCUCCGAACCAGAGUGGUUGCUAUCGAUACUUGCCGAUGGCCACCGGCAAGAAACACUGGAGUCUCAAAUAAAGCCCAGAAUACAAAAGGUUCCUGCAAUUCUGCGUGACAUCAACUCACAUGGGGAUUCUUUUGAUCCUAUGGUGGUCUCCUUUGGUCCUUAUCACCAUGGCAAUCCAAAACUUGCUUUGGUGGAGAAGCUCAAGAUCACAAUAGCAAAGCAAUUAGUUUUGGGAAAAGACCCCAAAGAAUUCUUCAAAUUUGAUGAGGUAGCCCGUGAUGCAAGGACGUAUUAUGAUGAGGAAUCAACUGCUCGGUUUAGUGAUGAAGAAUUCACUCGUAUGAUGUUCUUGGAUGGUUGCCUUCUCCUCUAUUCCAUUGAUUGUAUAAUGAAAGAAAACCUUCCUGAGGAUUCAAAGAUCAGGAACAACCAAAUGGCUUUCAUCUCAAGGGACAUUCUCUUGCUUGAGAAUCAACUCCCCUAUGUAGCUCUUCAGGCCUUGAUGAGGUUGAAUAUCCCUGGAGAUGAAGGAGAACAGUUGGUCCAUAAAUACAUCAUGAAGCAAGCUACAGGCUCCGUCAUAAGCCAUCACCACUCGUCCGAGAAACAGGACAAGGAUCAACCUCCUCAUCUCCUUCACCUACUCAGGAAAGAGCUUAUUGGUACACCACCACCGAAUCAUGAGCCUUCGAUGGAUGAAUUCGAUGACUGGCAUUCGUUUCGUUCUGUCUCAGAGCUUAAGGCCGGGGGAAUCAAUUGCAAGAAAAGUAGCAGUUCAAGCUUGAAGAAUGUACGUUUCAAAGCUCAGAGCUUUCAUGGAGAUCUAUCACUUCCUCCAAUUGUUGUGGAUGACAUUACCAAGUCUUUGUUCUUGAACUUGGUUGCCUAUGAAGCAUGUCCUGAUUUUCCUAAUGAUUAUGCGGUUACCUCUUAUGUUUGUUUCAUGGAUGCACUCAUUGAUCAUUCUGAAGAUGUUAAGCUUCUUAGAUCAAAGGGGAUACUCCUUAACUUACUUGGAAGUGAUGAAAAGGUGGCUGAUCUCUUCAAUGAUUUGGCAACCAAUUUGGUUCCAAACCCAUAUGAGUACCGUGAAGUUAAGGGAAGUAUUGAGAAAUAUUAUAAGAAAAAAAGAGUUAUUUGGAUGACAGAAAUGUUGGAAACACAUUUUAGAAGCCCUUGGACUGCUGUUGGUUUCUUUGUUGCUAUGGUUAUUAUUCUUCUCACCUUUGUUCAAUCUUACUUUUCAAUCUUCCCUAGAGGUGGUGGUGGUGGAGAUCAACAACGUUCAAGAGCUCCUGCUAGGAAAAUUCCUUAUAACUACUAGUCAUGAUGCUACACAUUACAGUACAGCUAAUGAAACCCUAUUUGUGGUGUUGAAAUGGAUAUUUAUUUAUUUAUUUAUUCUCUUUAUGUUUAAAUCACUAUAUUGGAUUGUUAACUUCUAAUAAGAUUUAAGUUUUCCUUGAUAGAUCAGCUCCUUGGGUUCCUUGAAACAAUGUUAAAAGAAGUGGUUAAAAAGAAUUAUGAAUGGCAAUCUUUAGCUUGUGGUGCAA